GUUUGCCAGGUAUGCACCAUUUCAGAUAAGGCCCCACCGUCUCAUACUAAUCGCCAUUUCCAAUUACUUGGGAUUACUCGAUCAACCUUUCAGUCGCAGAGCUCCGAACCAAACACAAUGUCGUUAAUGGCAUUAAUUCUCCGUCGAAAGCCCAACGACAAGUCGUUUCUUCUCCAAUUACGAUUAUUCAGCGACUCAACUUCGCAUGUUAAACCGUCGCAAGGACAUCAACAAGAACCCAUAGAAAAAAUUCUGAUAGCAAACAGAGGCGAAAUCGCUUGCAGAAUCAUGAGAACCGCAAGGUUAGGAAUUCGAACUGUCGCCGUUUACAGCGACGCCGACAAGGAUUCUCUUCACGUGAAAUCCGCUGAUGAAGCUAUUCGUCUCGGUCCUCCUCCGGCUCGGUUGAGUUACCUCCAAGGCUCGUACAUUGUCGAGGCCGCGAUCCGAACUGGCGCUCAGGCUAUCCACCCUGGUUAUGGUUUCUUGUCAGAAAGUGCUGAUUUCGCGCAGCUUUGUGAAGAUAAGGGUAUUAAAUUUAUUGGUCCCCCAGUAUCUGCUAUCCGGGAUAUGGGUGAUAAGAGUGCAUCGAAGAGAAUAAUGGGUGCAGCAGGGGUGCCACUUGUGCCUGGAUAUCAUGGCCAUGAACAAGAUAUUGAUUUUAUGAAAUCAGAAGCUGAUAAAAUUGGAUAUCCUAUCUUAAUAAAACCAACACAUGGAGGUGGAGGAAAGGGUAUGAGGAUUGUACAAAGUCAGAAUGAAUUUGUUGACUCUUUCUUGGGAGCACAACGUGAGGCUGCUGCUUCUUUUGGUGUAAACACAAUUUUGUUAGAGAAGUACAUUACUCAACCAAGGCACAUAGAAGUACAGAUAUUUGGGGACAAGUAUGGAAAUGUGCUGCAUUUGUAUGAGAGGGAUUGCAGUGUGCAGAGAAGGCACCAGAAGAUAAUUGAAGAAGCUCCAGCUCCAAAUGUCACCAAUGACUUUCGCUCACAUUUGGGGCAGGCUGCUGUAUCUGCUGCCAAGGCAGUUAAUUACGACAAUGCGGGUACUGUGGAGUUCAUUGUUGAUACUGAAUCAGGCCACUUUUAUUUUAUGGAGAUGAACACCCGUCUUCAGGUUGAGCAUCCUGUGACUGAGAUGAUUGUUGGUCAAGAUCUAGUAGAGUGGCAAAUCCGUGUUGCAAAUGGAGAACCUCUUCCUCUGAGUCAAUCACAAGUUCCCUUAUUAGGUCAUGCUUUUGAAGCCCGGAUAUAUGCUGAAAAUGUCCCUAAAGGAUUUCUUCCUGCAACUGGAGUUCUUCAUCAUUAUCAUCCUGUCCCGGUCUCUUCUGAAGUUCGGGUUGAGACUGGAGUUAAACAAGGAGAUACUGUUAGCAUGCACUAUGAUCCUAUGAUUGCAAAGCUUGUAGUGCGGGGUGAAAACCGUGCUGUGGCACUGGUCAAGCUGAAGAAUUGUUUAUCAAACUUUCAGGUUGCAGGUGUGCCCACUAAUAUCAACUUUCUCCAAAAACUUGCUAAUCAUAGGGCAUUUCAAAGUGGAAACGUGGAAACUCAUUUUAUUGAGCAUCAUAAAGAUGACCUCUUUGUUAAUCAUAGUAGUUCUGCCUUAGCAAAGGUUUCUUACAGUGCUGCAAGACUCAACACAAUGCUGGUAGCUGCAUGUAUUUGUGAACAAGAACAUUCCGCUUUUAAGCAAAGUCCCUUUGGGAGCCACAGGUUACUUCCCAUAUGGUAUGCUCGUCCUCCUUUCAGAGUCCAUCAUCAUGCUAGGCGAAUCAUGGAACUUGAGUGGGAGAAUGAGUAUGAUAAUACUUGCUCAAAGCUUUUUACACUCAAUGUCAUUUAUCAGCCAGAUGGGAGCUAUCUGAUUGAGAUAGCAGAAGAUGGUUCACCUGGUUUAGAAGUCAAGGCAACUUGCCUAGGUGAGCAUGAUUUUAGAGUUGAAUUUGAUGGUGCAAGCACAGAUGUUAGUUUAGCUGUUUACUCCAAGGAUCGCACUAAGCACAUUCAUGUAUGGAAUUGUUUACAACACCACCAUUUCAAGCAAAAAUUGGGGCUUGAGUUGUCUAAUGAUGAGGAAAUCCAGCAUAAGACCAGUCAUGAAACUGCAAAAGGUCCCCCAGGGACUGUGGUAGCACCCAUGGCUGGUUUAGUAGUAAAGGUUCUUGUGAAAGAUGGGACAAAGGUGGAAGAAGGACAACCUAUUUUAGUGUUAGAAGCAAUGAAGAUGGAGCAUGUGGUAAAGGCACCAUCUGGUGGGAUUGUCAAUGGGCUUCAAGUAACAGCUGGCCAACAAGUUUCAGAUGGUGGUGUUCUCUUCAGGGUUCACGAAAUGGAUUCUGGUAGUGGUGAGGGAGAUGAAGGUGCUGCAAAAAAUGAAAAAUCAAAUAACAGUGAAGCUAAAAAUGGGUUGGUUUCAGAUGCGAAGAGUGAAAGAAAGAGGGACUUGUUUUUUAGAGCUGAUAAGAUUGAUUUCAAGAGCUGGGAUAUUCAGCUGGAGAAGCACUUAAGCAGAGUUUGGUCUAGGGACAGAGAAGUUCAUUCGCGGAAACAGGAAGAGUGGGAGAUUGAUUUGGCUAAACUUGAUAUAAAGCAUGAAGUAGCUCGUGGCACUUACGGAACUGUUUAUCGUGGCGUAUAUGAUGGUCAAGAUGCUGCAGUGAAGGUAUUGGAUUGGGGAGAGGAUGGAAUGGUCACUUCUGCUGAAACUGCUGCUCUCCGGGCAUCAUUUCAGCAAGAGGUUGCUGUCUGGCAAAAGCUUGACCACCCAAAUGUUACAAAGUUUAUUGGAGCUUCAAUGGGAACUUCCAAUCUUAAGAUUCCUUCCAAAGGUGACACAAGUGACCACCAUAAUUCUAUUCCUUCAAGGGCUUGCUGCGUUGUCGUUGAGUACGUUCCAGGUGGGACACUGAAGAAAUUUUUAAUCAGGAAUAGAAGCAAAAAACUCGCCUUAAAGGUUGUGAUUCAACUUGCUUUGGAUCUCUCUAGAGGGUUGAGUUAUCUUCACUCGAAGAAGAUUGUACAUCGAGAUGUGAAGACAGAAAAUAUGUUGCUUGAUGCUAACAGAACUUUGAAAAUAGCUGAUUUUGGUGUUGCUCGAGUUGAAGCUCAAAAUCCAAGAGAUAUGACAGGGGAAACUGGAACCCUUGGCUACAUGGCCCCUGAGGUGCUUGAUGGGAAGCCUUACAAUCGAAAAUGUGAUGUCUACAGCUUUGGUAUAUGCUUAUGGGAAAUCUACUGCUGCGACAUGCCUUACCCUAAUCUUAGUUUUGCCGAUGUUUCAGCUGCAGUUGUUAGACAGAACUUACGGCUGGAUAUCCCUAGAUGUUGCCCACAUUCAUUGGUAAGCAUAAUGCGAAAAUGCUGGGAUGCAAACCCAGAAAAGCGGCCUGACAUGGAGGAGGUGGUGAGGUUGCUAGAAGCAGUAGACACAAGCAAGGGAGGAGGCAUGAUACCUGAAGAUGAAGCUCAAGGAUGUUUCUGCUUCAUGCCAACUCGAGGCCCAUAAUUUGUUUUAAUUUUCAUUUGAUCUUAUAUUCAUAUCUAUAUUUCUAUCAUGUGCAAUGCAGAUAAAAAAAGGAAAGUCAUGAAGCAGAAGCAGUUUGUUGCUGCACUUGAGACCAUACAUCAAUUCCUGUAAUGCAUGAAAAAAACUUCUGGUUCCGCGUGAAGUCAUAGUCAUUUCCAUUGUAUUGAAAAUUAACUUUCUGUUUUUGUAAUUACUUCAAUCAGUUGCAUGAAAUUCUUGAAUUUCAAGUUCCAAA